AGGAACGAUGAUCGCACUCUUUGUCGCUCUUUACUCUCUGCUUUGUCUCUGCACAGCUGGAAAAUCUUCUGACAUCAAGGAGCUUCACGUGAAAACAGUAAAGCCUGGAGAAGAUGUAACUAUGGAGUGUAACAUUAGCAGCGUCAAAAACAAAAAUAAUUUAUUUUGGUACAGACAGAGUUUUGGAAUAUUGCCUCAGUUAUUUGCAAGACCAUACAGUGACACUUUGGGCUACAAAUUUGCUGAGGGAUUUAAAGAUAGCCGCUUCACUAUUACUGUAAAUGCCCAUAAGUUUGAUAUCAACAUUAAUGGAGUAAGAGAAAAUGAUCGAGGAGAUUAUUUCUGUGUAGAACUGGAGGGAAGUUUACUAAAGUUCACAUCUGGAACACGUCUGCAAUUUGAAGGUGAAGAGAUGAAACUCUGUUCUACACCUGGAACGGUUAACAAGAACACAGAUUCUGUUACACUCCAGGGUUCGAACAGCAGCAAUGGAGAAGGAAAUGUGUAUUGGAUUAUUGCCUUAACAACCUCCAUAAUAAUAUCUCUUAUUCUAAUUGCGGUUCUGAUUGGAAUUUUAUUUAAAAAUCAAAGAAAAGGUGCUUCAUCAAGAAACCAUCAAAUUCCCACCAAUCAGGCUGAUGAUGAAGAUGCCUUGAACUAUGCAGCUGUGAGUUUUGCUAAGAAACCUUCAUCCUCCAGAGCAUCCAGAGACAAGAGCCAUGAAGACGUUUAUGCACAAGUUAAAAUAAAAUAGAUAUAGAGAAAUGACUUCACACUUGAAAUACAAUAUAAAUGCAAUUAUUCACCCAGUUUGUAGACAGAUGUGUCAUAUUUUAAUGAGACAAAAACAUUUUUAUUGCUGUAAGUUUUAUCACCAUUUCCAAACCUUUGUAAUGUACUAAUUUGCCUUACUUGAUGGAUGUAUUUGUUUUUUAAAUUUAUUUAAUGAUUUUUAUCACUUUUAUUUUAAUUUUACU